AUGGCUCUGGAUCCCACUCUGUCUCACACAGCUGGACUUGAGCCGCUUUUGGCAACCUCACGAAACUUGAAACGCGUCCAGCAGGCACGGGAGUACACUUUGGGCCCCAUACCUGCAACAACUUUUGUAGAUUCAUUCUUCCCACUGGUCCCGGUCGAGAGUUAUGACAGGUCUGGUCUAAUGACAUUCAGGCACGCAUUCAGGGCAAUUCCGAAGACAGCGGAGAGCGCGGCACAAAUAUACGAACCAUUGGCAGCAGCGUUGAAUAAGACAUCCAAGCGCAAAGCUCGUUGUCCGGGGUUCGUCUUUGAGAAGACCAUUGAGCGUAGCUCUCAUCCUUCACGCGCACGGCCAGAGUUUACCAAACCGCACAUCUGCUGUUUCACCCUGGAGAAUGCGAAACACGUGCAACACACAGACAAGCGUACACGCACCGAGCUCGGAUACGCCGAACUCUUCAUUAAUAUCAACCCCGACCCGUCCUGCGACUUCUUCAUAGACCCACCGGCUGACGCCGAUCGACAGGCUCGCAAGGCGCACGAGUUCGUUCGUCAGUUCGACGUCGACGAUGUUGACCUGUCCUACGAGGUCGAGGAGGACUUCGGCCUGCACAUCGCCUUCGCGAUGGAAGUCUUCGCUCGCCAACAUCGACUCGUCGUCUUCUCCAUCGGUAUGGCUGGUUCGUUCGCAAGGAUCUUCCGGUGGGAUCGCGCUGGUUGCGUCGUGACAGAGGCGUUCGACAUUCGGGAACAUCCAGAAUUGCUCCUAGAGUUUAUCUGGAGAUUCUCCCAAUUCUCGCACACGGAACGCGGUUACGACUUGACUGUUGCUCCCGCCACGCCUCAGGAGGAGAUGCGGUUCCAGGAUGCCGUUAGGGCCCAUGCCUGCUUGCAACUGGAGAUCGAAGGCGAGGAGCUGGAUAGAGCUGUCAGGGCGCAUUACCAACCAGGGCAUGCGACUGCCGUCCGUGUGUACUCCCGACCUCCCGCUGGCACUAUGACGGUUGUCGAGGGCCGUCGUUACAUCGUGUCGCGGCCUGUCGUCUCACCGCUCUACCUUGAGGGCCGCGGCACCCGCGGGUAUUGGGCUUUGUGCUGUGAGACGGGACGGGUUGUGUUCCUCAAGGACACAUGGCGCUCGGAGUCGACGAGCGAGGUGGAGGGGGACAUCUUGGAACGUCUCAACGCCCUUGGCGUGCGUAACGUGCCCUCGCUGGUGAUGCAUGGUGACGCGCCCGACCCGGCCGAAAUAUAUCACAGAUUAGGUGUUAGAUUCCAUUUUACUCAGACUAGUCUCCUCACGAAGCAAGCUUGGAGAUGCCGGAUCGAUGGUAAAUAUAGUCACAUCCACAGUCGACGACAUUACCGCCUGGUCACGGAUAUAGCUGGUUACGGGCUUAGCACCAUCCGGGGAACACGAGAGCUGCUGCAUGCGGGGUACGAUGCGUUCACAGAUGCACUGGCUAAGGACUCCCGAAUACACAGGGACCUCAGUGUGGGCAAUAUCAUCUUGGUGAAAGAGCCUGGGUCAGCCGUCCGCAGGGGAUACCUCAUUGACUGGGAGGCUUCCGAUCAAGUCGACGAAGCCGGCGAAGCGAAACAUGCCGGACGUACGGGGACAUGGGACUUCAUGUCCAUUCGAAUGUUGGACCACCGCCAAAUGCAUGGCAAGCACACGUUCAAGGACGACAUGGAGUCUGUGCUAUACGUCGUUUUCUACUGCGGCUUGCGCUACGUUGCCCACGACGUGUUCCCGGAAGACCUUCAUGGCAUUAUCCGCGACUUCUUCCGCCUAAACUACCAUCUAGGCGAUUUCAUUUGGGGCGGCGCCGGGAAGCUCGCGAACGCUCAAUCGCGUAUGUUCAUGCGGGACGUCCAUUUCCGCAGCGCUGCUCUUCAGGAGUGGGUCACGACGGUCAUGGAUUUCCAUUUCCCUCCAGCGAGCCUCAGAGAGAAGUACAAGGACGCGUGGGAUGCCGCUCACCUCGACGCGUUCUGGUCGGAGUUUCUGGAGAACCGGAUGUUGGAGGGCGACGAUCGUGUCGUGCACACACUCCCCAGCUCUGGCCCGUACGAUUCUCCCCCGAGUCCCACCACUCCUGCGCCCAGUUCACAGCCUGAAUCACGCAAGCACAAUAUGUCCCCCUCAGAUUACGUGGAUGCCGUGGUGCCAAACCCAAAGAAAGCACGUCGGGCGGAGGGGAAAAUAGCUCUUCGGCGGAAUUGUGAAGACGACAACGGCUUCGACUCCGAUGGUUCGGACGAGGAGGAUCUGCAGCCGUACGACCGAGAAACAGUCUUGGUGAUGAGUGCGAAGAGCCAAGAGGUUCCAAACACCGCUCUCAAAGACGGCAACGCUGCCCUCAAGGAUGCGAACGCCGCUCUCAAAUAUCUGGUGGCUUCCUUGCAAAACGAGCGCGCAGCCCUUCUUGGGCAGCAAACGGAGUACACCCCCGUGGAGCCAUCAACAUCUACGGUGAGCGACGCAGAUCAGACACCGCACCCUCGUUAUCGCAACGAACACGUGUGCGUUCUGCCGCAAGAGAUAUUGCUUCGUAUAUUCCUGGCGACCAUUCCUUCGGACGACGAGCAUGAUGCCUUUGUACAAGCUGCUCUCCGAAGUCCCUGGACUCUCUCAGUCAAAACGCGGAGGGCGCUCACUCUUGUCUGCAAAACCUGGUAUGGUGCCGCUUCCGAGGCCCUUUAUGCCGAUAUCGCACUCCGGCGUAUGGGACAGAUCAGCGCGCUCGCGCGCACACUUCGCUCUGCUCGUGUCGUAUACGCUCCAGACCCAAGCGGCUUUGUCAAGCGCAUCCGCAUAGUUGGGUGUAUUGUGGUUCACCAGUGCGCCCAAGUUGCUAGGGCGGAUCUCACGCUCAUUCUGCAAUACUGUUCGAGGCUACAGAGCUUCGAGUACCACCCCCAUCCGCACUUUGAUCACUACGACACAUUGAACGAAGACCCAAUCCCCGACAUCGAGAAGUGGCACAAUCCCGUAUGGUUCCGAUCUCCCGACGAGAACACUCCUGGCGGCGCUCUGGCCGACCGUUGCGCUUCAGGCCUGCAGCAUCUAGUGUUCGCACAGAUCAGAGACGAAGAACACCUCAUAUAUAUCCACCACUUGCUUGUCAUGGAGACCCGCCUGACUACUUUGAUAUUGGGGCCUUUCGAGACUUUGGACUUCUUCCGUAUACCAGCCCUGUCUCGGCAGCCUCCCGUGGUGCUCCCCUACCUUGAACGCCUGCAGAUCCCUCGCGACCUUCUGUACGUGCAAAACUACAUCAGCCGCCUCUGGGACCUUCCCAAUCUGCGCUGGCUGACCGUGCUAGCCUCUGACGAAAUCCCGGAGGACGCGUUGGAGCUCUUCGGGAAACACCUGAAGUACCUUCAUGUGAUCCCCAAAACCUCCUGGAUAGACAAUCACGCGCACAGAACGCUCUCCUUACUACCUACCCUUUGCCCGGUCCUCGAGCACCUCGUCCUCCCGAACCUCCCCACGCUGAACCUGCCGUGCAUCAUCGCUUCACCUACCCUCCGGUAUCUGGACAUCUGGGGACUCACACUCAAACGCCGCGUAGUCGAGCUGAUGUGCGAGAUGGGCCACGCGUGCUCCCUCCCUGCGCUCCGUGCGAUCCGCAUGCUGUCCCCGAGAGCCCCUACGAGCGUCGUGGCGCAGGCGCGCCUCCCUCUUCUCUGCAACCCCGAGGAAGUGAGCGGCGAUGCCGUACGCGUGCGCACCCUUCCCGGGGGUGUCCGGGCGCUCCAGACGUCGUGGGCAGUUCUACUCGACCUAGGCGGGGACAUCGGGGAUGAUGUGCAGUUCUUCGGCGUCACGUUCGAUGACGAUGCCGAAUACGAUGCGGACGGAGGAUCCGAGUAUAUUCCCGACGUCGUGGUUAAGAUCGGCGGUGAGGAGGUGAAUGAGGAUGCGGCUGGGGACCAGAAAGACGACGGGGAGGAAGACGAGGAGCUGGAUGAUGGGACAUCUUGGGUGUCCGACUCCGAUUCCGAAGCCUAUGCUGACGAAGACGAGGGUGAGGACGAGGUUGAGGAUGCGGACAAGGACGAGGGCGAGGGCGAGGGCGAGGACAAGGACGGCUUCGGCUCUGGUUCGGACGAGGAGGAUCCGCAGCCGUACGACCGAGAAACAGUCUUGGAGAUGUAUUCAAGAAGCCAAGAGGUUGAAUUCUCAUUCAAUGACGAAGCUGACCUAUGA